UUGAUAAAGUAUUCAUUUUUGAACAUUGUUGACUUUAUUAUCAUGUCAGAGAUAUCAGUUUUAGAUUAUCGUAAAGCACUUAAUUUAAAAAUUUUAGGAUUAAGAUUUUUUGGUUUUUGGCAUCCACGACCAAGUACACCAAUUCACAUGAGAUUGUUCUAUCAAAUAAAUCACGUCAUUGCAAUUUUGCUUAUCUCGUUUUAUGUGAUUAGUGUGUUGUCUGAUCUCAUGAUUAACAUGAAGAACUUUUCUGUUAUUAUAGAAGAUGUUUUAUUUCUUAUAUUAGUAUUUAUGGUAACAUUCAAAUUAUAUACAUUUAAAACUAAAAGUAUCCAAAUUGAAAGCCUUACUGAAGCUAUUUACGAACCCAUCGAUAAUUUACGAUCAUUGUCAAACAAACGAAUUGUAAAUAUCAUUGAAUAUACUGUUUAUUAUGAGCAUCUAAUAGACAAAUAUUCACGAUCUAUUGUUAUUGCCUUUGAUUUAGCUUUAUUUUCAGUAUUAUUUAUAAAUUCAGGAAAAUUGCCUGUAAGAGGAGUAUUUCCUUUCGAUACAGCUGAAUUAGGGUUCUAUAUACUAGCUGUAAUUAUUCAAAUUGGUACAGCAAUAAUUACUUCAAUUUUUAUUGUUUUAAUGGAUCAAUUAUUGUUCUCAUAUGUCAGAUGGAUUAAUAGUCAACUUCAAAUUUUGCAAUUGUUUUAUGAAGAAGAUUUAAUAGAUGAAUUCUUAUCUAGGAAUAGUUCGAAAUCCAAAGAAUGUACUUUAUUAGAAAUACUCAGACAUUAUGAUGUGAAUUUUGAUGAUAUGACUCAUAAAUUGAGAGUAUGCUUUAAAAUUCAUCAUUUCUGGAUUGACGUUAUUGCUGAGUUGAAUUCUAUUUUUAGUAUAUCCACUUGUGUACAAGUUUUUAUUAGCUGUUGUAUGAUUUGUCUAGCUUGUGUUCAAAUAACUAUGAAUGAAUUCAAAACUCAAUAUCAGAUGUUAUUUCUUCUUGGAGCUGCUUUGAUGCAAUUAUUUUGCACUUGUUGGUUUGGCAGUGAACUUAUAGAUGUGAGUAAUCAUAUGAGUGACAGCAUAUGGGCAUCCAAGUGGGAGAACAAUUUUAAUGUUGAUAUUAAAAACUUUAUGCUGAUGUCUAUAACCAUUGCGAAAAAUCCACUGGAAAUCAAAGCUGGAAAAUUUUUUGUCAUGUCAUUGGAAACAUUUAUUGUUGUUUUACGAUGUGCCUAUUCUUUCUUCGUUAUGCUUUCUACAGUAAAUGCUGAUUAA